GUUAAAAGUUUACAACAUUGUAUUUUGAAAGAAAAUGCAGCUAAAACUAUAUACAAUAACUCUAACUGACUAUCUAUGAAUCCUCUAAUGAUACUGAUUAUAGGUAGUCGAGAUAUGAUCUCAAUUAUCCCUUAUCAAUACAUAUAAAAAAUAAUACAAGAACUACAAUUGAUUUGAGUCCUCAAAAUAAGAGAACUCAUCACUUGCUAGCUCGAUGUUAUGAUAUGUCUGACUAUGAUCCCGAUAGUAAGUAUCUGAAUCUACAUCACAUGAAAAAUAUAUGCAGAAGAGGUAUUUGAUCAGUACUUUUUAAUGUACUGAGUAUAUAAGAUAUGCAUUCAUCAUAAAAAAUACUUAAAACAUGUAUUAAAACUGAGAACAUGAACCAUUUAUUAAAAUAGGAAUUGAUAAAAAUUAUAUAUGUACGUAAAAUUUGUGAGGCAUAGUGCAAUCUCUAAAUCACAAUCUAAAACAUUUGUAAAAAUUAAAAAGUUGUAGAAGCGUAAAUAUUUAAUAUGAUUUAAUAUUGGUGCUGAACUUACUGUAAAACUGUACCGAAUGCCAACUAAUUCAAAAGGAGCUAAACUAAAGUAUAAUGACCCUAUAUGAAAUACGCAAAUACUAGUAUGCAAUGAUAAUUUGGAAUGUCAUAGUUUAUAAGAAAGAAAAAUUAAACUAAGGUUCAUGUACAAAAACCAAGUCUGAAACUAUGGGAGAUUUCUAUAACCGACAUGGACCAUGUGAGAAAAAUAGAAUCCAACCUGUAACUCAAGUUAGAAAGGUGUUCUAUACCUUACUAAGGAUAUGAACCAUGAUUAGCCUAAAUUCACUCAUGAACCCAUUUAGGGCAAGGGAGACACUCUCAACUCUUGAAUAUCCCUUUAACCUAGGGUGGCAUGUUGUUUGAGACUUGGGUUUGUUGAAUCUACCUCCUCUCUAUGCUAAGUACUGCUCUCAACUGAAAGUAAAUUGAUAUACUAAAAUGCUCGAUAAGACUGUUAUUCUGAAACUAAAAAAUAAGUGCUUUGUCUAAGAGCAUUCUAAAUCAUAAAAAUUGAAGGACUGGGUGUUUGACUAAAACACAUGAUAUUCUAAGUCAUCGGAUGUUCAUAACUCGUCAUCUCUGAAGAAUAAUUUCAUAACACAAGUCCAAAAUCAUGAAUUUAUCAACAUACUAGGGGUUCAUGAUUCUAUAUAUGUAAAGAUACUAAAAUUCAUGGAAAAACAAGGUAUGUCAACUAAUAUAGAAUGAAAUUCACAAAAUCAUGAUAAAUAAUGCUUAACAUAGUCUUGAAAACUAAAACAUCAUACAUAAUUUGAUCUUAUACAUUAGAUUUGAAAUAAUAUCAUCUAAAUCAUGCAUGGACAUGAGAAUAUUAUGAAUUCUAUAAUAUAGUCAUAAGAAAUCAUAAAUAAUUAUGAAAACAAGCUCAUGAAUGAAAAAAUAUAUCAUGGAUAACUGAAUAUAAACUUAGUAUCCUAAUUGGGUAAAAACCCUAGCUCAUGAGAAUCAUAGAAUUCAUGAAUGAAAACUAUAAUUUGGGUAUGAGUAUGAAAGGAAAUCCUCAUUGAAUACCCAUAUACUUGAUUACUUAUGAUCCUUGAACUUAAAUUUGGAGGACUUGUACUUGAAGAUUAAGAGCCCUAAUUUCUUACUUUGGAGAAGAUGAAGUCGUUUGUUUACUCUAUCUUUGCUAAGUUUUGAUCUAAUAUUUGAGGGAUUGAAGGAUUUGUGAUGAUUAAAUAAACUUAUACUUUAUGUAACAGGUGAAACGACGUAGUUUUGAAGUUAAAAGAUUUGAAAAAGACCAAACAGCCUCUUUAAAAUCAUCUGAAAAACUUCUCGAAUCAAUGCCGACAACCCUCAUGAUGACUCAUCGUGUUUGGGGAUGAGUUGUCGUCUGGGACUCAAUUUUGGCUUCCCACUGUCUUGACCACAAGUCACCUGACGAUUCAUUGGGUCUUCUGGCGACUUGUCGUCACUAAUAGGUUUGGCAGGAUUUUAGUAAAAUAAUCAUUACUUUUUACUUCAUUAUGGAUUAAAGCAAAACUGGAUGCAUUAGAAAGGUAAUUCAAAUAUCUUCAUUUGAUGGGUCUUGAGCUCAAAAAUACUUCGGAAUCUAGGAGUUAUGCUCGUUUGAAGCUGACUAUAGGAAGAUUCUUCACAAGAAAUCAAUUGGUACGGAAGGUUUCAACUUGGCUAUGAGCUAAGAGUUACUUGCAACCUUAAUUCAUGUCUAAAUCACUUCCCAUAAUAUCAAAUCACUAAUUUUGAUUCUACAUAUGCUUGAAGGAUGGUUCUACUCUUAGUUUGAAUUUUCGGGGUGUACAUGCAGGGACUACCUGUAUUGGGUGAAAAUUUGGAUAGAUGAGUCUAUAAAUUAGGAAGGACACAUGGAGGGAAUGACAUGUUGGAUCUUACUCAGAUGCAAUAUGGCUCUUAUGUAGACUCAGUGGCGAUCAGAGAAAGUAGUCCUAUUCUCAAGUAUCCAUAACUCUUGGCACUUGAGUUCAGUGUUGGGUGCACCGGCUUUCCUUACUCCGGAGCGAUGAAAUGUGGUGUUUGAACGCACUAGGUCAACCAAUUGUCGAUGGAAGAUUCACAAUUCAUUUGCCCAGUUGUUGCACAACGGCCACAGAGGUGAGUCAAUAGGAGUUGUCCCGGGGGCCAAAUCCCACAAAAGUUACUCUCUAGGGUUUAGUUAUCUCUAAUCAUGCAUUGUAAUCCAUCUGCAGUUUAUUCAUUCAAUUAGCAAUAUAUCGUUAUUCUCAAGUUUUUGAGCUCUAUCAUUCAAUAUCGCAUUUCUUAUCAAUAACUUCAAGCUUGCUUAUUGGCAUUAUCAGUUUGUGGCACUGGAUCUCAGGUUGUUUAUUAACCUUGCUUACAUUAACUAAGAGCAAGUUAUACAAUUUAUAUUAUACAUUAUUGAUCAUUUUAAUUUGCGUCUCCUUGUGCUACGUCUACAAUUCAACUAUACGUACUUUCAUGUUGGGAUUAAAAAGAUCAACAUGACUUAAAUGUAAUCAACUCUGUACUUUCACGGUUCUCCAAAUGUUAUAGACAAUAAUGAGUGCAGAGAAUGGAUUUGCAUUCCUAUUUUUUUAACAAAAAUAAUAGAAUGAAGAAGACAACGUUGGGCGAUUGUGGUGGGGUUCUGCUCUAUGAGAUGGGGAAAAGGUUUUAGUUUAAAAAAAAAAAAAGAAUUGUUAUAUUUCUAUCCUUUUUUCUUUUCAAAAGUAUACGCGACAGUUUUCAGAAAAUUAUGUGACCAUUUUAUUUGUUUGUUUGACAUGUUAUAAUAAGUGGACUACACGUGAAUGGCUUCACAGGCACAAGUUUCGUUUCAUAGGAUGUAUGGGAGAAAUUAAUGCAUGUAUUAGUCAAUUAUAUUCUUUUAUUCUUUAUUUAAUAUGAUUUUUAUUUUAUGUAUAAUUAACUUUUGUCAAUUAUAUUAUUUAAUUUUUUAUUUAAUAGGAUGUUGACUUAUGUAUUAGUUAUGCAUCCUAUUCAGUAACAGAGUUUGUAUAAUUAAAGUAUAGUUAUUCAUGAUAUUAAAAAUAUAAUGGCUAUUAAUAAAUAAAUAAGCAUGGAUAAACACAAAAAUGUUCUUACUGCACCAAACUAAACAAUAGUUAGGAAAUAAUCUCAGUAUUACUAGUACUGUAUAACAAGCCUUAGAUGUUGAUUCCUAAUUGGCAUACUUAAGAUAUUUGUGUGAUAUAUUGAUGAGAAUUUUACUAUUUGCACCUAAUUUAUGAAAAACAUAUUCGAAUACUCGACAAAUUCAAAAAAGUUGGUCGUUCCCAGAAUACCCUAUAAUAGAACUACUUUCAGCCGGACUUUACUUGAUAUUAAAUCUGUAUAAACCAGUUUCGGACAUUGCAUGCCCAAUCAUAGUGAGAAUUAGGCAAAACAUAAUGAAUGAGAGGUUGCAACAAGAAUAUAUCCGAACUUAAUGUGUUGUCAGAUAUAAACGGCGAUUCUUAGGCUUCUCUACCGCUUCCUCUUACCACAUUAUUUUGUAGCGGUUCUCCUUUCUUUCUGUUUUCCUCCCAAAACGUUCUACAUCCAAUUCCACCCAACAUAUAUAGACAAUCAAUUUUCGUGGCCUUUUUAGCGUUCACAUGCCUUUUUAUUAAAAACAAUAAUACAAAUUAAAAUUUAAAAAAAAAAAAAAAAAAAAACAAAGAAAAUGCUAUUACCGGUAAUAUCAAUUUUCGAUAGGGAAAAUAAAAACAACAGGCCUCUUGCAGGACAGAUCAUUGCAAAUGCUUUUGGAAGUCUCCGUUCCUAACGAUCGGCAUCGUGCUAGACUGUAGAUUGGAAAUGCUCUCAGCUAUAUCAGAUAUGAAUGAAUGUCAGAUUUUGUUUUAAUGACCAUCAAGGAAAAAUCUGUGCGCCUAUUGGUUUUUAAAUUUGUAUAAGGACAUUAUCUUCCAGCCUUCUGAUGAGCACCAUGUCAUUAGAAGAUACAUUUCAGCCCAGCAAAGUUAGUGACUGCACAGAUACUAGCUCCAGUAGUACUACACCCCUGAAGCCACAUACUGGUGGUGAUGUUCGAUGGGAUGCGGUUAAUUCAGCUUCUGGUAGAGGCGGACCUCCCCUUGGUCUAAGCAAUUUUCGGUUGUUGAAGCGUCUUGGAUAUGGGGAUAUUGGAAGUGUGUACCUUGUGGAACUCAGGGGAACAAAUACCUACUUUGCAAUGAAAGUGAUGGAUAAAGGAUCUCUUGCAAGUAGAAAUAAACUGCUGAGAGCACAAACGGAGAGGGAGAUUCUUGGUCUACUUGACCACCCAUUCUUGCCCACCUUAUAUUCUCACUUUGAAACUGAUAAGUUCUAUUGCUUAGUCAUGGAGUUCUGCAGUGGAGGUAACCUGCAUACCCUCCGCCAAAAGCAGCCCAAUAAGCAUUUUACUGAGGAGGCGUCUAGAUUUUAUGCAUCCGAGGUGUUGCUGGCACUUGAGUAUCUGCACAUGCUAGGAAUUGUUUACAGGGAUCUUAAGCCAGAAAAUGUACUAGUGAGAGAUGAGGGUCAUAUAAUGCUGUCUGAUUUCGACCUAUCCCUCCGCUGCUCUGUCAAUCCAACACUCGUCAAGUCUUCAUCUGUACAUGGAGGAGGCGGGAAUCUCAGCAGUGGAACCGGCAUUUUAGACAAUGACAAUGCAGUCCAAGGUUGUAUUCAGCCCUCGACUUUUUUCCCUCGUAAUAUUCUCCCUACCAAAAAGAAUCGCAAGUCUAAAUCAGAUUUUGGGCUAUUUGUGGGAGGAUCACUCCCUGAGCUUAUGGCAGAGCCCACUAAUGUGCGCUCCAUGUCAUUUGUUGGCACCCAUGAGUACUUGGCCCCUGAGAUAAUUCGUGGAGAGGGCCAUGGUAGUGCAGUGGAUUGGUGGACUUUUGGCAUAUUCUUAUAUGAACUUCUGCACGGGACAACACCUUUUAAAGGUUCUGGCAAUCGUGCCACACUCUUCAAUGUUGUCGGACAGCCUUUGAGAUUCCCAGAAACUCCGCAAGUGAGUGCUAUUGCACGUGAUCUUAUAAGGGGGCUCCUCGUGAAGGAGCCACACAAGAGAAUUGCAUAUAAGAGGGGUGCUACUGAGAUAAAGCAGCACCCUUUUUUCGAGGGUGUCAAUUGGGCUUUGGUGAGAAGUGCUGCUCCUCCCUCUAUACCUGAACCUGUUGACUUUGCUCAGUAUGCCAGUAAAGAAGCAUCAGCUCAUUGUUCAGAUAAGAAAAUGCCAGAUACUGAAAGUCAAGAUAAAAGCAAAAACACUUCUACUGAUUCUUCAUAUAUUGACUUUGAGUACUUCUAGGAUCGGAUUUCGAUCUACAGAAUUCGUAUCAACGUUGAUCAGAAAAUAAAUACGUUAUAACACAAAGGAUUUUCGCUUAUCGUGGCCAUUCAAGUGUUGUUAAUGCUAAUUUAGUACGAAAUGUUCGAUCGAAUGGCCAAAUGUGGGUUAAGGUUACGUUGGUAAGAUUAACUUCUAACCAACUCUGUAUCAUCAUGCAUAUGCAGUGUGUUUAUUGUGCAGAACUGCAUAGCAUUGUAACUUCUGAGUGCUCCGAGAAGAAAGGAACUUGCAGCACUUUCAGACGAGCAUUUUGAUUUCCUGACGCAAGUUUUAGUGGUAGCUGCCGCUGAUGAAUUGUGAAUAUAAUUCUGUGAUACUCAUUCUUUUAAUUUCAUAUGAGAAUGUAUUGCUUGACACGAACUUUUGAGAUAUUAAUUUGACUUAUUUAUUGAUUGUUUUAGUAA